CUGUUACCAGUGCGCUCUGCACUCCUCUCUAUGCCAGUACCUCUCUGUGACGUUCCCAUACGCUAACACACACACACACACACACUUUGUUACUGCACGCUACACACUUAUCCUGAGGACACACACACAGACAAAAAGACUGUGCGGUUGUUGAGCGGGAGCGGCAUGGAAUGGAACCUCAGAAGGAUGGACAGUGAACUGAGACAGAUCAACCCAGACCUGCUGCAGCCCAGCAAGAGCAUCAAGAAGCCCUCCUCAGGCACCAUCACUCUCAACGUGGGGGGCUUUCUCUAUGCUGCACACCGCACCACCCUCAGCCGCCACCAGGGGUCAGUGUUGGAGGAGCUGGCCAGCGGCAGGAAGCCUAUCCAGCACACUGACUCCAUGGGCAACCCCUUCAUCGACCGCGACGGCCCCGUGUUCAGACACAUCCUCAACUUCCUGCGGACCGGAGACCUGCAGCUGCCCGACGACUUCCGAGAGAUGGGCCUUCUGAGAGGAGAAGCAGAGUUCUACCGCCUCAGCGGAUUGGUGGAGGCCAUUUCAGAGUGGGAGGGGAUGCGGGCGGCGCAACGGGAGCCCGCCUUCCUGGAGGUGACUGACGAGAGGUCGCAAGGCUUCAAGGUGUACUGCAGCGACCCCUCCUUCAUCGACAAGAUCAAAGGGCGCCUGGUUCAGAUCUCAAAGAGCCGGCUGGACGGCUUCCCGGAGGAGUUUGAGGUGUCGUCCAACGUGAUCCAGUUCCGCCACUUCAUCAAGUCGGACCCUGGCUCCAGGCUGGUGCUGAAACAGGACAGUACCUUCCUGUGUACACUGGAGUGUCUGAAGCUAGAGACAGUGAUGCUGGCCCUGAAGGCUGGCUUCUCUCUAAUCAGCUCUCUGGACAGCAGCAAGGGAUCUGUGGUGGCCGCAGAGGCUCUGCACUUUGUCAAGUAAGAGAGGGUGGGGAGAGGCAGGGAAGAGGGAAAGCUGGGGGAGCAGGAUCAGGAAGGGAAUGAACAGGGAGGUGGAUAGAGAGGGGACGACUGGGAGAGAGGGGGGCAGGUACAGUAGGUAGUGAGGGAAACAAGAGGGAGACGAAGGGAUGAGGGAAGGAGAAAGGUGUCCGAUUCCAGAUUGGCCUCAAGCCCCUAGAUUGAAACUGACGCAGGACAGUCAUUUCUCUGCACUUUGUCUGGAGUCCAACCGAAGAGUCAAGAGAGAGAGAGCAUCCACCCUCACUGCUGCAGGACAGAACACAACCUCUCAGAGGACCAGUCCCCUACUGAAUUACGCAUACAUACGCUGCUUUUUCCAUCCAGGCUGCUUCCCCUUCAAACCAGCCUUAGUGCACCGUGAGGUAUUACAGUGUGUGUUUUCGGUUGCUGUGUUUUGAGUGGAGUUGUGUGACCUGAGGUGAGAGGUACAGUUGAACACUAUACCUCUGACUGACUGUUGCUGAUCAUUGGACAAAAAACUAUUGUUUAAUUGCAGCAACUUGCCUGACUAGACCCAAAGGUUCAAAUCUAGCAUGAUGCAUGUGCAGUGAAGAUUUUCAAAUCAGACACCAACAUUGUGAUUGUAAGUGCUGUGAGUGAGUAAGUGCUGUGAGUGAGUAUGUGACAAUGUAUGUUCUUUUGGAAAUGUGAAUGUUUUGUUUCACACAAAAUAAAAGUCAUGAAUAUCGGCAUGAUUAUAUUAUCUAAUAUUUUCCACAAGUCAUGCUGGCAUUUGUGUCUACUCUUUUAUAUACAGUACAAGGGGACUUGUAUAUCAUAUUUAAUUGCAUCAACAUUAUGACAGUUGAUUAAGGCAGACAGAGCUGACCAUAGCGCUUUAAUAGAAUAGACUGGGAACUAAUGUAUCAGACGUAGAACUGUAACAGAGUUAGCAACUUAGAAAGUCAGCUUAGUGUACUGGAACAUGCAUCCGUGCCCAACAUCCCAGAGCAGUCACCUCAAACCAAACAUGCAGU